AAAUGUUCUUCCAUAAAGGGCAUAUUGGACCAUUUGGUUUUUACAACAAUCCAAAAGCUUUUUUUAACAGGACAUAAGCUGAGCAGCCUUUUCUGUACUUCACGUCACCAAACAUCGUAGAACCCUAUGAGUUGUCCUCCUGCUUGUGUCUGGCAUGUUAGGUGGUGAAGAAAAUCAUUUUAUCAACUUACAGACAGGAAGGGAACAUCAAUCACCCUUUGAGAAGGCAUUCAGCUGCGCAAGGAAUCCUCCCACCUCCAUCCACCAUGAGCGACACUGAAAGGCCCAGCCAUUCAUCUUGCAGAAAUGGAUGAUGAGACAAGCAUCACCUUUGAUCCGUCGGAUUUCUAUGAAAUGUUUGAAGACUACAGCAACGACAGUUAUCCUUUGUAUGAUAGUGACAUGACUCCCUGUAACCUUCUGAUUAGUGGCAAUUGGAUCAACAUGGCAAUAGCUGUUGUCUAUAGCCUGGUUUGUUUCCUCGCUGUGAUAGGGAACAUAGUCGUAAUGGUUGUCAUACUUUACAAUCGACGCACAAUAUCAUCCACAGAUAUCUACUUGCUUCUUCUGGCAGUAGCCGAUCUGCUCUUUGCCGUGACUCUGCCUUUUUGGGCAGUGGAUGCCAUAUCUGGCUGGGUGUUUGGUGAUGCCAUGUGUAAGAUCAUCAGCAUGUUACAGGAAGUUAACUUUUACAGUGGGAUCCUUUUAUUGACUUGUAUCAGCAUCAAUCGCUAUCUAUCCAUUGUGUACUCUACACAAGCCCACAAACAAAAUAAACCAUUUACAAUCAAGGUGGUUUGUAUUACUGUUUGGGUGUUGGCCACUGCUUUGUCUUUACCCACUCUGUACAAGGGCGAAUAUACUCCACCCAAAUCCAAAAGAACAAUGUGCUAUGAGACACUCGAUGCUGAAUCAGCUGAAACAUGGAGAGUAACCACCAGGUUUUUGCGGCACAUUAUUGGGUUCCUCAUUCCAUUGGCUAUUAUGAUCUUCUGCUACACCAUGGUGAUUCAGAAACUGUGUCAAACAAAGGGAUUCCAGAAACAGAAAGCCAUGAAGGUGAUCAUAGCGGUGGUGCUAGCUUUUCUCAUUUGUUUGCUCCCACGUAAUAUUACCGUGUUCAUCGACACACUGAUGAGGGCUAGCCUCAUUGCUGAGACUUGCAACAUGCGGAAUCAUAUCGACAGGGCACUAUUUGGAACUCAAAUCUUGGGAUUCCUGCACUGCUGCAUUAACCCAAUCUUAUACGCAUUCAUUGGGUUGAAAUUCAGGAAGAACCUGCUCAAACUUUUGGCUACAAAAGGAAUAAUUAAGCAAGGUGGAUGGCCAUCUUUUAAGAGAUCUGUAUCUUCUUCCUCUGAAUCUGGAUUGAUUUCAAGCACCAUAUAGAAUCUUUGUAAAAAGAUGGUACUUUGACCAAUCAGUAAGAGGCUAAAUAAAAAUGAAUGGAGUGAGCUGUGUAAGAGCCAAACCAUUGAGGAACAGUGCUGUGUAAUAUUUAGAUAUGAACAGAAUAAAUUAGCUUUUCCCU